CGCACACAGGAAUAACGGCCUGGCGCAGCUCGCUGGUGGCUGUGCGUGAAUGAGGAUAAACCAUGAAAUAAUGGUUAAUUGUGGCCACUUCAGCUGGACUUUGAAUGCUGCCGUCCACGCCGACGUACAAGGUCUGUGAUUUGACUUUAGAUUCCGACUCGCCGUGAAGUGUCGCCGCUGCGCGCUAAGCUUUCAUUUGAGGAAUGCAGCGGCCACCGAGCUUCACUUCUCCUUAAGCUCACUCGAUGGACAUAAACUCCGUUUUUGACGACGAAGCAGUGUCGUGCAUUUCAAACUGACGUUUUUUUAUAAAGAGUCAUGGCGAACGAGUUUGUGAAGACGUUUGUCCAGACGUGUAAUUAUCUCCAAGACCCGCGUCAUGUAGCGAGGUUUCAAUACGUCUGUGGCGUUAAAGGAACAUUUCCGGUUAAGCCGAGCAAACCGGAAGGUGGGGACUCGGAGACGAACUGCCCCGGUCUGCGGAAGAGGGUCCACCAUGGAGGACCGAGCCCGGACGCGAGUGUUGACAAUGGGGCCGCCGGGGAUGCGACCGCGCCGCAGGCUAACGGGAUGCAGGGUGACGUUACCGUCGGGCCGGACACCACCAGAGCGAAACCCCUGCGGAGAAACUCCCUGACCGGAGAUGUGGGUCAGGAGUUCCUGAUCCAAAACAAGUUCCUGUUCUACCUGUUCACGUUUGGGACUGAGCUGGGCAACGAGAUGUUCUUCAUCGUCUUCUUCCCCUUCCUCUUCUGGAACAUCGACGCCCUGGUCAGCCGGAGGCUCAUCGUGGUCUGGGCCUGGAACCUGUUCGUGGGACAGUCCACCAAGGACAUGGUCCGCUGGUCCCGGCCGGCCUCUCCUCCCGUCGUGAAGGUGGAGGUCUUCUACAACUCCGAGUACAGCAUGCCGUCCACGCACGCGAUGACGGGGACCGCCAUCCCCUUCUGUCUCUUCAUGCUGACCUAUGGACGGUGGCAGUAUCCGUUCCUCUUUGGCUUUUGUGUGGCUCUCAGCUGGAGUGUCCUGGUGUGUGUGAGCAGAGUCUACAUGGGGAUGCAUUCUAUUCUGGAGGUAAUAACAGGCUUCCUCUUCAGUCUUCUUAUUCUGGCCUUUUUCCAGCCAAUUUUGGAACAGAUCGACAACUUCUACAUGACGAACCACUUUGCUCCUCUUGUGAUUAUCGUGUCUCAUGUGAGUCUCGGACUUGUGGCUUUCUCUCUGGAUUCCUGGAGCACCUCUCGGGGUGACACGGCUCAGGCUCUGGGCACCGGGGUCGGAGCGGCCAUCGCCACCCACGUGAACUAUCAGCUGGGGCUGCUGCUGGAUCCACCACUGUCCUCACUUCCUCUAACUUUCCCCUCAAUCAGCACUCGUUUGGUGGCUCUCGCUCUGCUGCGCUUCCUCAUUGGAGUCGGCGUUAUCCUGGUCACGAGAAUGGUCAUGAAAGCAGUGACUAUUCCGUUCCUAUGCCGACUGUUUGGGCUGCCCGCAGAUGACGUGAGACAAGCGAGGCAGCACAUGAAAGUAGAGCUGCCGUACCGUUACAUCGUCUACAGUGUCGUUGGUUUUAGUUGUGUCUGUGUGGGGCCUCUCAUCUUUAGGAUCUUAAACCUUGCCUGAGUGCAAGCUGUCAUUUCCUGCUGACAUGGUCACCUCGUGGUGAAGGCAAAGAGCACUUGGAAACAUGCUGCUGGUUUCGACACAAGAAAAGGUUCUGUUUCUGCACGACAGAAACUGUUUUAAAGUAUACAUGGUGUGAUCCUUUGUUGUUGUUCUUGUAUUUCUCUGUGCCAAUGAGCCACACUGUUGCUCAGGGUGACAUAUUUCUUCAUUAUGUUGAGCAUCGGCACUGUAUUUUAUACCAAGCUGGUCCCACACACACUCCAUUCUCACACUGUGAAUGCACCAACGGUGUAUAAAUUCAUGGCUGAAAAUCGUCCACAACAAAUAGAAGUAAUUACGUCUGACUAUCAAAACCAAUUUUAAAAUAUUUUCCUUUUCAUUAGGGAUCAGUGUGCUUUGGGGACCAGCGCCACAGACUAUAGGAAGUAGGAAAGUAUUGAUGCACCAAAGCAUUGUUUGUUUUCAGCCUUUUUCAUGGGAUUUGUUGACCAUAACAAGAGAGAACAUCACCAGCCUUAUCCUUUAAGAUCCACCUGUGGUUGACACAUGUAAGGGUUGACUGGAACUUUGCAUAUAAUGAAGUUAUCAAAUAUACUGUCAUGAUGCUUGCAUUCAAUAAUGAGGUAAUUGGAGACCAAACCAUCAGUAAUGUGUGAAGUCACUUCACUUCAGUUGUUGCCGUUGCGUCGGGGUAGUUACACAAGCACUAUUUAAAUACUGGAGAAACCGGUCUGUUUCCUAAAGAUUGUUUCUGUAUUAACAUAACAUAGGCAUGAUCUAUUACCACUUUCUUUUUACAUUUGUUGUGCUCGUUUCAAAAAAUUGUGGGUCAAGUGUCAGUAAGUGCUCUGAAUAAUUGUUUGAAAGCUUAAAAUGAAUAUUAAAUAUUUUUGAUAAAGUAUUUUGCCAUCUUUCCUAACUUUAGCUGAAUUGUUGCUGUAGAACAAAAAUCUAAAUAUAUAUUAUUCACACUUGAUUUAAUGAAUCUUAUUUAGUCGGCUUUUCAGCUUUAAUUGAUUAUUUUCUUUUGUAAUGUCACAAUAAUGAUUUGCUUUAAUAUUUAUGUCAGAAUUGUAUUGCCUGAUAAUUUAUACUCAGUACUCAUCAAUAUGUAAAGGUCUAUUAUAACAUUCAUUCCCACAUCUGUUUUCUGUUAUGCAAGGAUUGUAUCCGUUUGGAAAACAAAUAUGGAAACGAGAAUAAAAUCUUCCAAACAAACGACA